CAAUUUUCAAAUAUCAAAGAAAGUAGCUAGAAUUUAUUAUCCUCAUACCAAUACCAUGUUCUGCUACUCCUAUGUCCUUUAGUACACCAAUAUUAUUAUUCAUACAAAUAAAGUAGUCUUUGGUUACUACCAAAAACUAAUUAAAUCCAUAACAGAAAUCAACCAAAACCAAUACAAUAGUAGUAGAACAACUCUCCCAUGUCCAUCCCCAAUUACAUCAUCUUCUAGAAUUUCAUCAUCAACCUAAAACGAACCUUCAACAAACUUUCUCUCACCUUCAUCUCUUUCUGAUCCUUAACAGCAAACCAAACAUGGAAUAACCCAUUUCAACCACCAUUACAGAAUCUUCUCAACAAUGGCGGAUUUCAACAGACCCUCAAUGUUAGAAGUGGGUUUUCUUCAUUCUAAGCUAAAACGAACCUUCAACAAACUUUCUAAGUCAUUUUCUCUCACCUUAUUCUGUUUUUGAUAACCAAACAAGGAAAAACCCAUUUCAACCACUAUUAUAGAAUCUUCUCCUAGAUAAUCGCGCCCAACUAUGGCGGAUUUGAUUAAACCCGUUAUUGGUAGAAGAGGGUUCUAUGUAAAGAUGAGGUUUCUUCAUUCUAAUCAUCAUAGACAUGGCAAACGUUUCAGUUCUUCCCAUUAUAAUCAUUUCUUCUUUAAAUGUUUUAAAUGGUUUUUAUGGUUUUUCAUCUCUGUUUAUUUCUUCAUCUCUUUUCCUCCAUUCAAAACCUUCUCAUCUUCAUCAUCUGUAGUUAAAUCUCGUUCUCUGGUUGAAUCUUCAUCUUCAUCAUCUCCUUCUUCGAUAGAUUUGUUAAAGGGAUUGAAGAUUUAUAUCUAUGAAUUACCAGCAAAAUACAAUGGAGAUUGGUUAAAAAAUGAAAGAUGCAAAAAACAUUUAUUCGCAUCUGAAGUUGCUAUUCAUAAAGCUUUAUUAGAAAGCGAUGUAAGAACAUUUGACCCAAAUGAAGCUGAUUUCUUCUUCGUCCCUGUUUAUGUUUCCUGCAAUUUUAGCACCAUUAAUGGCUUCCCAGCAAUCGGUCAUGCUCGUACCCUUAUUUCCUCCGCCAUUAAUCUCAUCUCCUCUUCCUUCCCUUUCUGGAAUCGUACCAACGGUGCUGACCAUAUUUUCGUCGCUUCCCAUGAUUUUGGCGCUUGUUUUCAUACCAUGGAAAACGUCGCAAUUGAAGAUGGAAUAAUGGACGGUUUGAAAGCGUCGAUAAUAAUACAAACUUUUGGAGUUCAAUAUAAUCACCCAUGUCAAAAAGCGGAGAGUGUGGUGGUUCCACCGUAUGUGUCGCCGGAAAGUGUACGGUCAACUUUAUCAAGGUGGCCAUUAAAUGGUCGUCGUGAAAUAUUUGCAUUCUUCAGGGGUAAAAUGGAGGUCAAUCCUAAAAAUGUCAGCGGUCGCUUUUACAGCAAAGCGAUCCGAACCCACAUUUGGAGGAAAUACAACAAUGAUCGGAGAUUUUACCUAAAGCGUCAUAGAUUUCCCGGUUACCAGUCAGAAAUUGCACGCUCUGUCUUCUGUUUAUGCCCAUUAGGGUGGGCCCCAUGGAGUCCACGCUUAGUUGAAUCCGUUGCACUUGGUUGUGUUCCUGUUAUUAUAGCUGACGGUAUUCAGUUGCCUUUCCACGACGUCGUUCCAUGGUCUGAUAUUUCUCUCACAGUCCCGGAAAACGACAUCGGAAAACUCGGUCAGAUACUCGAUCACGUGGCGAAAACGAAUCUUACGGAGAUACAAAGGAAUUUGUGGGACCCAGCUGUAAGUAGGGCCCUACUUUUUAACGAUCAGAUCGAAAAAGGUGAUGCCACGUGGCAAAUACUUCGUUCUCUUGCUGGGAAAUUACAUAUGGCCCACAAUAAGUCAAGGGUUUCAACCCAAUAAGGAGAGUACACGUGGAACUUUAUAAUUGGUUGUGUCAGAGUCUGAAAAAUGCCAGCUAAGAUAAGAUGUUGUACUUUUGAAAUGGAUGACAGCUGGAUUUAAUUUUUUUAUUUUUGAAAAUAUUUUUUCACGGGUUUGAAUAUUUAACCAUUUUUCUGACACAAUACAGAUAAGAUUGGGGAAACAUUGAUGAGGGUGACGUGGCAAGUGUUGGUUGGGUGUAUAGGACGGUUCAUGUAUGUGAAGAGAGAGGAAGUCAUGGGAGUACGAGUGAUAUUUAAUUUGGAUUUAUACGGUGAGAGUAUUAUGAUUAUUCAAGCUUUGUAAUUAAUUGGGUGAGAAAAUUAAAAUUAGAAUAGCUCAGGUCAGGUCAGGUCAUAAAAGACCCUGUAAAACAAAGGGUCAUCAUUAUCACUUUUAUAAAUAUUGUAUAUUGUACACUUUUGAA